UUCCUUCCAAUUCAAAAGUCUCGACAAUCAAAUUUUAUUUUCUUCUGCUCUUCUUUGUUCUUGUGCGAAAAUGAGCGUAGAAGUGUUGGAUGGUUCCACCAUUGUCAACUUUGUGGAGGACAAAGAAGCCUUCGAGGGCUCAGUUCAUGACCGGUUUUCUCGUCUUGACACGGACCGUGAUGGUCUUCUGUCAUAUGCAGAGAUGGUGAAGGAACUUCAGAGUCUGAGGAUCUUGGAGACCCACUUCGGAGUUGACGUCAAAAGAGAUCCUGAUGAGCUAGCUCUUGUCUACCGCUCUCUGUUCGGUCAGUUUGAUCAUGAUUCGAGUGGAGCGGUGGACUUGGAAGAGUUCAAGGCAGAGACCAAACAGAUGAUGCUGGCCAUGGCGAACGGACUGGGGUUCUUGCCUAUCCAGAUGGUACUGGAGGAGGACAGCUUCCUGAAGAAAGCUGUGGACUGGGAAUCCUCUAAAAUGAUCACUGCUGCUUAAACUUUAAGUCGUUUCCUGGUUUUUGUUUUUGCUUGAAUCCUUAUCUUUCUUACUUAUUCGGGUAUUGAUUGUUGAAGGGGAAUUUCAUAGGGAACGGGAAUGAAUUCAUUAGCUAUGAGAGAGAGUCCUAGCUAGUUUAAACAUCUUGUUUUUAUUAUUUUUCAUUGUUUCUUUGUCUUAGAGACCAUUAUGGAGAGUCUCAUUUUUGAAAUGCAAUUUAUUUUGAGUUGAGAUUAGUAUUAUAUAUUGCUGCUUUAAGAUUACUCUUAUCA